AUGUCUGGAGAAACAGUUUUUAUCACAGGAGCAACUGGAUAUAUUGCUCAACAUAUUAUUAAACAAUUAUUAUCUAAAGGUUAUUCAGUGAUUGGAUCAGUUCGUUCUCAUACUAAAGGUGAACAAUUGAAAGAAUUAAUUACUGCUCAUCAUCAAGAUUCUACUGGUACUGCUAAAUUUGAUUAUGUUAUAGUGGAAAGUCUUACUUCAUUUGGAGCAUUUGAUUCUAUUUUACAAAAUCAUAAAGAAAUUAGUAUUUUCAUUCAUACGGCUUCACCAAUUCCAUUUCCUACUGAUAAUAUUGAACGGGAUAUUUUAAAUCCAGCUAUUGAUGGGACAAAAAAUGUUUUACAAUCAAUUAAAAAAUAUGGUAAUGAUAAUAUUAAAAGAGUAGUUAUAACUUCAUCAAUUGCUGCUAUUAAACCAUUUGGAGAUGAACAAACUGAACUUAAAAUAAUCCUGGAAAAAGAUUGGAAUCCAAUUACUUUUGAACAAGGUCUUGAUAAUCCAAUUAUUGCUUAUUAUGCUUCUAAAACUUUAGCAGAAAGAGAAGUUUGGAAAUUUAUUGAUGAACAAAGUGGGAAUGACAAUCAAAUAAAUUUUAAACUUGCAGUAGUUAAUCCUCUGUUUGUAUUUGGACCUCAAGCUUUUGGUAUUAAAGAUAAAUCAGCGGUAUUAAGAUCUUCAGCAGAAAUUGUUAAUUCAAUUUUGAAAUUGAAAUCAAAUGAUUCAAUUCCUUCGUUUGUGGCUUCAUUUAUUGAUGCUCGUGAUGUUGCUAAAGCUCAUAUUCUUGCCUUUGAAAAUAAUAAUACUAUUGGUCAACGAUUACUUUUAAAUAAUGAAAUUUUCACUAAAGAAUUAAUUGCUCAUUUAAUUAAAAAGAAUUUCCCUUCAUUGGAUAUUCCUGAAGGUGAUGUUGUUAAAAGUGAAGAACAAAUUGCAAAUUAUCCUUGGAGAGUUGAUAGUACUAAAACUGAAAAAAUUCUUGGAUUUGAAUAUAUUCCAUUGGAAAAAAGUAUAAUUGAUACUGUUAAUCAAUUAAUUUGA